AGCGCGGCUCGCGCUCGUGUUGUCUCUUAGCUGCCACAGUGCGCUCAGUGCCACGGACAGAGCUCAAUAUGUCUUGUGUCUUCUGAAAUACACUGGGAUUAUUUUAGCGCUUUCCUGCAGGAGUGACAGUGAAAUAAACAGAAAGGCACAAGCAGAUCUCAUCAGACUUCAAGUAAGGAAUUAAAUGCAUGUUUCUGCGCGCGUACCGCGAGUUGCGCCCGUUCAGCGGACAAAGUUUAUUUCUUCUCCACGGUCCCAGGCAGCUGGACCGGAAUUUGAAAUUAACACACCAGUCAGAAUACAUCUAUGGGACUGCACACACAACAGCGGUGAAGAGUGUAUGGAGAUAGACAUCAUCUUUCCAGCAAAGCAAAAGGAAUUAUUAUUUUAUUAUUUUAAUAAAAUUUUUUUGUGUGUCUGAUAUCCUCUUUUCCAAACUCUCUUCUGGAAUUGUAGCCAAUAUUUAAAGAAAUUUCUCCAGAAUGGCAUCCAGCCUCACGUGUACGGGUAUGAUCUGGGCUCUGGUGUCCCUGCUGAGCGCAGCAGCUUCCUGCGUGGGGUUCUUCAUGCCCUACUGGCUGCUGGGCUCACAAAUGGAUAAGCCAGUGUCCUUCGGUACUUUCCGGCGGUGCUCGUACCCAGUUCGGGACGAAGAGAGGCAGGCUACGAUCAUGCUGGAGCAGUGCGGGCGCUAUGCAAGCUUUCAGGGUAUCCCUAGUAUGGAGUGGCAGAUCUGUACAGUCGUGACGGGGGUUGGAUGUGGCCUGCUGCUGCUGGUUGCACUCACCGCGGUCAUGGGCUGCUGCAUAUCAGAACUCAUCUCCAGAACUGUCGGACGUGCAGCGGGGGGCGUGCAGUUUGUUGGAGGUCUGCUCAUCGGUUCAGGAUGUGCUCUGUAUCCUCUAGGGUGGGACAGUGAGGAGGUCCGGCAGACAUGCAACAACAGCUCAGAUCAGUUUGAACUUGGCUCUUGUCAAAUCGGCUGGGCGUACUACUGCACUGGGGCUGGCGCCAUCUCGGCCCUGUUGCUGUGCACCUGGCUCGCCUGUUUUGCAGGGAAGAAACAAAAGCAAUACCCAUACUAGAAGAACUGACCUCAACUACAGCCUGAACCACAGCAGGACAGAUCCCUUAGACUCAGUGGAGACUGGCUUUGCAGUCAAUGGCAUGACGGCUUUUCUCCAUUAAUGCAACUCUGACUCAUUAUAGACUCAAAAUGCUCAUAUUGCCUUUUGUGUGAUUAAAACGAGCAUGCACUUUUCAAAGAGACAUGACUUUUGGCAGUACUUCCUCUUCUCUCUAAAAAACAACUAGAGAGUAUAUUACAUGAAAGGACCAGUUAUUGUGUGUGUAUUUUAUGUCCACUGUUGUGAAUAUUACAAGUGUGCUUGUUUUCUUCUUCUUUCUCUUGAAUUGAUAUUGUAAAAUUAAGUUUUGGUUUAGAUGUACAACAGACACUUGAUGAAGUCUGCAUAUAUAGCAUAUUAAUAUUACUAUGCCCUGAAAUACAUAUGUCAGUACUAUACUUUAAAUAUUAUGGUGCAUUAAAACACAAAUGCUUAUUUGAUUAAAAUUAUAUUUAGUUACAUUUAAGACUUAAAAAAUUAAAUAAUUUGUCGGCACAAAUAGCCUUUUUGGCAGCGUGUCGACAUGCACUUCUGUUAAGCUUUGGGCGAACCCAUGUUCGAGUCUUGGAUCACAGACCUUUCUUGAUCCCAAUCCCACUACCAAUUUGCUUUCUGUCUUACUACUGUCCUAUCAAAAAAAGGCAAAACCUCCAAAAAUAAAUCUAAAAAUUGUUAUAAUAAAAAAAAUAAAUAAAUAUAGUUUAGUAAUCAUUAUCUAAAAAUAUUUGACCACUCCAUAAUAAAGUAUUUCAGAGUCGUGUUAUAAAAUGUAUUAAUUGCUUACGUAAUUAUAUACAAUUACAUAGUGUAUUAAAACUAAUAUUAAACAUUAUAUAUGUAUACAGACUUCAUGUAAAUUAUCAAAAAAUAUAUUCAUCAUUUUUAUUUUUACAUAUUUAUUGUGAAUUGCAAUAAUAUUCAUGAUUUAUAUCUAUAUAUUGCCUUUUUUGUUUCAAAGCUUGAUCAUUACAUUAAUGUAUGCUAGAAAUAUAGAAUACAAUAUAUGUUCUGAUGAAAUAUCACUCAUUGACAUAUUGUGUUGAAAAGGCAACAAAGAGGAAUCAUUGCUUAUUUGAUCUGUACCCUAUCGAUACUUCACUCAUACUGUGUCUGCUAAAAUGCUAUGGUUAACUCCUUUUUUUCAGACUACUGAAGCCUUUUUAAUAAUGCAGUGUAACUUUACAGCCAUUGGUUCAUGCAGUAAAUUAAAAACUAUCCAAUGGGUCAGCAGCGGAGAUGCAUGAGCCAAUGGCAAUGAAGCCCACUAGAAUGGGUGGGGCAUUUGUAUAUAUAUGUGGGCAUUUCACCAUAGUUGUCGCUUCAGUUGAAGUAACCUGAGGAUCUUGAGUCAUGCAGCUCCAUAGCAGAGCUAGCAACGCAGUACUUGUUCCCAUAUCUCAUGGAAGCAAGGUUACAUGGGUACGAUCCCUAUCAAUACUUCAUUUGUACUGGGUUAGUUAAGAUGCUAUGGGGAACCAGUACAAUUCCAUCAUGCUGUGGUAGAGGAAUGACUAAAACUUGCCUUAAGCACUAAACGGAGACAAGCGUGAACAAGUAUUUUGCUGCGAAGUCCCGCAGGAGGCAAUAGGGCCAAACAGAGGUCGGCCCGGCCUUGAGUAAUCGUUCCAAGAUAUUUUCAUACAGCCUCAGAACUCAGUGAGGGCCAAGAGCGUACAGUAAUGAAGGCAAAUCCCUGAAGCACUGGCUUUACCAUAUAGCAAAAGUGAGCCCGUUAUGCAGAAAGGAUCCGGGCCUGUAAUGCCAGGACAUCCAGAUUAUAGAACCUGUUAAAUGUGGAUGGCGAGGCCCAGCCAGCCGCUGCCGAAAAACUUUGGAAUGGACACACCGCUAGACCAAGCCCCGUCGCAGUGAUUUUGCCAAGUAAGACAUGUUCCUGGAUCAACAUCUUCUCAUAAACCUGGAUCAACAUUUUUGUCCAAAAAUACAGACUUAACCAAAUCCCUACCCUUAAACAAGGAUGUUGAUCCAGGAACAUAUUGUACUUGGUGAAAUCAUGCUCGCCACCAAGCCUAGAAAGAGGUGACACCUCUUGUUAAUCAAUCAAUCAAUCAAUCACCUUUAUUUAUAUAGUGCUUUAAACAAAAUACAUUGCGCCAAAGCACUGAACAACAUUCAUUUGGAAAACAGUGUCUCAACUCCCCAUGGGAGUUAAGUGGGCACUUACUCCCAUGGGGCACUGUAGGCCCAAAGAAGAGUAGGCUAGCACAAUAGCAUUGAUUAUACAUUUGGAAAGUCUCUGCUUCUGGUGGGCUUCAUCACCAUAGGCUUGUGCAGCUCUGCUACCGACCCAUUGUCUCGUUUUUAAUUCACUUUAGUUACACUGCAUUAUUGAAAAGGCUUCAGUAUUCAGACAAAAAGGAGUUUUUCCCCAUAGCGUCUUAGCAGAUGCAGUACUUGUUCCUGUAUCUCAGGAAGCCUAGGUUACAUUAGUAACCAAGUACUUUUAUCAACAUUUUAGUUUUUAUGUUAAUCAUACACACUAUUAUUAUAUAUUACACACUACAGUACAUUAAAUCUCUCUCCACAGAUGUGUCAGAAUUAGCUGUUGUGAGGAUUUAGGUAUCUGCUCAUUAGCACUGCUACAACCAUUCUUCAAACAAGAACUUUUUACACACCAUUUGCAUAAUGAUGGUUAUCAAAAGUUAUUAUGAAAUGGCAUUUUCAGCCAAUUAUGCUUCCAAAUCUGACAUUUUUCAGAGUAAAACAAGACACUCAAUGGAAUUAAAGUAGGUUGGGACUUUGAUUGGAUGCUCCCAUGUUAGUUGUUACAUUUGAUAAAAGAUUGUAAAUUACUUUAUGCUUUCUUUGGAAUAAUGUGCAGCACAUCCUUUUUUAAUGUUUAUGUUAAAUCUUAUUCCAAUAUAAUCUAACAUCAUUUGGUAAUGGCAGGUACCACUAACCAUGUAUGUGGUGUUUAUAAUUAAUAUCCUGAGCUCACACACUCAUUAGUGGGGCAUGAAGCUGCUCCUGUAAUCUGUUCACAUUAUGAUAAUGCCCACAAUACCUUAUAGGCUAGUGACAAUGCCCCUGAAUUUUCGAGAUACCCCUACCGGAGGUAGAACUAAACCCAACAAUGUUUUUCCUCAUCUCUAAGGUCUCCCAUAUAUGAAAUGGAUUCUUGGCUAAAAAUAUUUUACUGCUAAGAUUGUUAAAUUAACAGAUAUUGUUAUACACCACAAAACCAAUAAAGGACUAAAAUAUAGCCUGUCCGUAUGGGAGUUAAGGCAUAUAAACUAAUGCAGAUCAAUCACACAAGCUCUGAGAGCUUUGAAACUUGACAUGUUUGUAGUCAGGAAGUUGAUUUAACUACUAGAAAAGACUGGAUGUGAAUAUCUUGAUGUAUGGAAUAAAUAGACACAUGUAAACACACAUCUAAAAUAAGCGGACAUGCACAAAUUUAAUAUCUAUGCAGAAUGUUUUCAUUUACUUUGUGCUUGCUUUGCCUGGCAUUAUCAUAGAAACACAUAUGAUGGCUUGUUGGAAAGGUGGGGUUGUGCUGAAUCCAGCAAUACCAAAUAUGUAAAUAUAUAAUAAAAGAGAAGUGUUCUGUCA